ACAAGCACACAGGAACAAACAACAACACCUGAACUGACAAGUACACACGAACCAACAACAUCGUCUGAGCCAACUACUACUCCAGAAUUGACAACAACGCUGGAACAACCAACUACUGCGGAAUUAACAACAACGCCUGAACCAACAACUACACAAGAACCAACAACAACUCAACAAAUAUCCACACAAGAGCAAACUAUUACACAACAGCUAACAUCCACUGUAGAGCAAACAACUAUAUCCGAUCUAACAACCACACCGAUCCCAACAACAACAUCUGAACUACAAAGCACACGGGAACCAACAACAUCUGAACUGACAAGCACACAGCAACCAACAACAACGCCUGGACCAACAACCACCAAAGAACCACUGACAACUCUACAAACAACCACGCUAGAAACAACGACGACACAGCAACAUUCAACCACAAUUGAACCAGCAACUACACCAGCAUUUAUUAGUACAUCCGAACCGACAACCGCACCUGAGCCGACGACAGCUGACCCAAGGACCACGUCCGAGCCCACGAUCACUCCAGAGUCGACAACACAAGAAGCAACAACGCCGUUUGAACAUACAACAGCACUUGAGUGUCCUAUUGGAACGUCCCUUGUUACAUGCACAGACUGUUCGCUGAGUUGUCUCAAUGGAGGGACUCUGGACACGCAGAACUGUAACUGCAGCUGUGCAAACAGCUUCAGCGGAACGACAUGUUCAGAUUGCUCAUUGAGUUGUCUGAAUGGAGGGACUCUGGACAGGCAGAACUGUAACUGCAGCUGCGCCCAGGCCUUCGGUGGAACUACCUGUUCGGAAUGUCCCCUGACUGCUGCGUCCUGCUUGAAUGGGGCGACGUUUGACGCAACCAACUGUGAGUGCGUUUGUCCAGGGGGUGUGUCAGGUGUAACAUGUGAAGGUUCAGAUCCAUGUCAGAUUACGGCAAACCUGUGCACGGGCGGAGGAGAAUUUUGUCGCAGAAACCCCUACGUUGCAGACGGUUACUCAUGCGAGUGUCGUACCUUAGAUGGAUAUGUCAGAGUUAACGGUGCUUGUAGUAACAGUGUUGUAAGGACAAUAACGGUCGUAUUACGUGUUCUGGGAGUGAACGGGACUGCUGUCUUCUUCAUUGAUGUGUACAAUGAUCCCUAUGCAGCUGCAACGAGAGAAUUUCUGUCAAUAGUGGGCGCAGCGAUUUUUCGGCAUCUUUUGCUUGAUCCACUGACAAAUGACGCCAUUGAAAUAAUUGCCGUCGCUGCGAGACCAGGCAGCGUCCUCGUAGACGCCGUUGCCACAUUUCCCCUCACGUCCAACGCAACAGCCGACAUGGUGAUGGCCGUGUUGAACGGUGACGUCAAUGAGGGGCAAGUACUCACUGACGGACAAACCACGCUUGAUGUUGUCAAUUCAACCACCGCCUACGACUCGACCACUGCCUGUGCGGCAGACUUCUGUCAGAAUGGCGGAACAUGUAAUGUUACCGAUCGAUAUCCUUUUUUCACCUACACCUGCAGUUGUGCGGAGGGAUACACAGGAACGCAAUGUGAAUCGACUGCAGUGGAGGUCACGACGACAGCAGCGCCAGACUGUUCGCUGAGUUGUCUUAAUGGAGGGACUCUGGACACGCAGAACUGUAACUGCAGCUGUGCCCAGGCCUUCAAUGGAACUACCUGUUCGGAAUGUCCCUUGACUGAUGCGUCCUGCUCCAAUGAGGCGCUGUUUAAUGAAACCUACUGUGAGUGCGUUUGUCCAAAUGGAGCCUCAGGUGUGACGUGUGAAGAUCCAGAUCCAUGCCAGGUUACGCCAAAUCUGUGCACGGGCGAAGGGGAAUUUUGUCGCAGAAACCCCUACGUUGCAAUCGGCUAUUCGUGCGAGUGUCGCGAAUUGGAUGGAUAUGUCAGAGAUAACGGUGUUUGUAACAACACUGUCGUGAUGACAAUAACGGUCGUAUUACGUGUGCUGGGAGUGAACGGGACUGCUGUCUUCUUCAAAAAUGUUUACAAUGAUCCCUUUGCAGCUGCCACGAGAGAAUUUCUGUCAAUAGUGGGCGCUGCGAUUUUUCGGCAUCUUUCGCUCGAUCCGUUGACAAAUGACGUCUUGGUAAUUAUCGCUGUCGCUGCGAGACCAGGGAGCAUCCUCGUAGACGCCGUUGCCGCAUUUCCCCCCACGUCCAACGCGACAGCCGACAUGGUGAUGGCCGUGUUGAACGGUGACGUCAAUGAGGGGCAAGUACUCACUGACGGACAAACCACGCUUGAUGUUGUCAAUACAACCACCGCCUACGACUCGACCACUGCCUGUGCGGCAGACUUCUGUCAGAAUGGCGGAACAUGUAAUGUUACCGAUCGAUAUCCUUUUUUCACCUACACCUGCAGUUGUGCGGAAGGAUAUACAGGAACUCAAUGUGAAUCGGAAAUUAUGGAGUUCACUACAGAGAUGACUACUGUGGUGGCCACGACGACAGCAGCACCAGAGCCGGUGGCCACCACGGUCAUUGUGCUUGUUGUGCUGGGGGUCCUAGCACUCAUUCUCACAUUGUUUGGCCUGGGCGUGUGCUGCUGCAUCCUGGCUCGUAGACGCCAGCGAGAGGACUGGAGACGGCGUGCUUACAACAAGCACCUGCGUCGAAUGGCCUACGGUCGCCGCGGCAGCUUCGGCCUGGAGGACAGCGAUGUUCGCACAUCGGCGGGCGGUAGCGCGUACAAUGGGUCGGACUACGACGACCGACGGAUGGGUCACCUGGCCCAGGUCUUGGCACGAUCUCCCUACGUGCAGCAGAACCUGCACGCUGAGUUUGCCAGGCCGUACGUGGCUACCGGCUUGGAGGAGCUCUACUAUCAUCAGCGAGGGUUGAACGAAGACGCCUACGAGGACGCGGCUCGAUCUUCCGCCCGACGCAGCGGUCGGAAUCGCUUCAGUUAUUAUUAGACGGUAUGGCUCCAGCCACCCCCCCUUCUAUUGGAGGAUAAUCUGAAAUAAUACAAAAACAAUUAUAACCUUCCUAAAUUAAUAACUAUAACAGAUAGGUAUUUAUAUAGUAGAUUUAUUCUUAAGUUAAUAGUUUUGUGAAAACUUUCUUUAGUACCUGGUUAAGAAUUUAGCAUGUAUUCAUGAAACAUUUGAGAAUAAGGACAGACGUUUGUAAUAAAAUUCUUCAAACUAAUACCUGUAUUGAGUAUGGAGAACAUGGGAAGCCGUAUGCGACAAGUUUUCUAUCUAACUAUCUAACUUAAGUCAUAAGUAGCGGCUUAUAUGCAUUUCCCGCAUCUUAAUUCCGUUGUCUACACUAUUAAUUUUUCUGAUAUGGGAAGUGUGAAAUGGGCCUUCAUAGAAAUCAGCUAUUUCUCAUUGAAUUAAUGAAUGCAGCUGGUAAAGCAAUUAAAUGGUGGAUGAUUAGAGAGGUUAAAUAAUUAAGGCGAUAUAAUUAUGUAUCUGUAUAGUUAUCGGAAAUACGUGUAUGCAUAUAUGUUUUGCUGAAAUGAAAGGUUUACACUUCUCCCUUAGUUAAAACACAAUCUGUUAAUAUUACCGACAGAAGACGUAGUGUAACUGGUUGAAGUAUUCUGAGGUGUUUUGCUUGGAGCCUUUUUAUAGCACCGCCACUUCCACGGACUGACCCGCAGUGUUUUGGGGGAGAUCUAGUGCAUGUUUGCUAAGGGUGCGUCUGAAUCUGGUGUCUGGAGCUAUAGGUCUAGGCCUUGGCUUUACUCCAUCGGAAAUACACGAUGACACGCAAAAAAAUAGACUUACAACUGAAGCUCUGCAAGCCCGUUUCGGACACGGCCUCAGAAUCCGUUGGCGAUACCUUGCACAUACCUAACAUGCACAUCGAUCUUCGUGGCGGUUGGUUUUGAAACACUCUCUCAUUGUGUGCUUUGAAUUUGACGACUUCAGGCCGCGCCGUGACGAGCGAUUGCAAAGGAAUUUUAUAGUCACGACAGAAUUUAAAAACCUUUAAUAACAUAUAUAUGCAAAAGACAAAUAUUUUCUCUUAUACCUGCUACAAUAUUCAAUAUCAAAAGACAGUCAUAGAGGAUAUAUAAAGUGCAAAAAUAACGAUGAAUUAAAAAUUAACAUGUAGAGAAGAAAAACAAGUACUGUUUGAAUUUUUUGGUAUACCGGUACAUCGGGUGGAUGUACUACCAGUCGACUUUCGUUUAUUGAAUGAGAUAUUUUCCUCGUGAUAAAAAAACCCAACCCUUUAUACAUUCAGAUUAAGGUAGAAAUGUUUGUCGGUUGCACCUGGUUCAAAUAACAAAGAAACUCCAGCCCGAUUUCA